AAUGUUUAGUACAAUGAAUCAAAAAACAUUCCCAACGACUAAAUAGUCAGUAAAUAUUCAUUAAAUAGUUAACUACGAGAAAUGUCGGAAAAACCUAGCGUCUUGGUACUUGGAGGUUGCGGAUUUAUCGGGCGCAACUUGAUUACAUAUUUGGUGGAGAAUGAUUUGUCACAGCAAAUACGUGUUAUUGAUAAAACCCCGCCACAAAUGGCUUGGUUGAAUGCUAAGCAAAUGAAGGCUUUCGAGAGCGAAAAAGUAGAGUUUUGCAGUGCAAACCUAAUAAAUCUCAAUUCCUGUAAAUGCUUUGCGCCACACCCUGCUACAGACCGUAAUUGGGAUUUGAUAAUUAACUGCGCAGCCGAGACUCGUCCAAAUCAAACGGACGCUGUUUACAAGGAAGGUAUACUUAAGCUGAGCAUUAAUUGUGCAAAUGAGGCAUCCCAUAUAAAAGCGAAACGUUUCGUGGAACUGAGUUCGGGAUGUGUCAACAGUUCAGAAAAGAUACCUUUAAAGGAAGAUUGUAAACAUGAACCUUGGACAGCUGUAGCCAAACAAAAGCUGAAAGUAGAAAAAGAACUGGAUGCAAUGGAAGAUUUAAGUUUCACGGUCGUUCGUCUCCCGGUAACUUUCGGCAUCGGCGAUAAACGCUAUUUAAUGCCCAGAAUAUUAAUUGCGGCUAUUUACAAAUAUUUAAACGAAACUAUGAAAUUGCUGUGGAAUGAUUCCAUGCGCUUGUCUACCGUUCAUGUUGACGACGUGUGUGCUGCUAUUUGGCAAUUAGCGUCAAGUCCGAAAGCUCAUCGUCAAAUUUACAACGUAGCAGAUGACGGCGAAUCUACACAGGGGUCGAUAAGUGAUAUAUUAGCCGAUAUAUUUUCUAUAAAUAUAGAUUAUUUCGGCAUAGUUAUGUCUAACCUGACAAAGCUAAGUCUUUCUGAUACGGUAAGCGAAAUUAAUGACAAACAUAUGGCUCCCUGGGCUGAUAUUUGCCAGCAAAAUGGUAUAAAUAAUACUCCUUUAACUCCAUAUUUGGAUGAAGAACAACUCUACCAUAAGCAUUUAAAUUUGGACAAUAGUAAAUUGAAGGAGUUUGGCUAUCAACUUAAACAUCCCAAACUGUCACGAGAUCUUGUCAAGGCUAUUGUUGACGAUUAUGUUGAACAAAAAUUAUUUCCGAAGUCGUUAGCGUUGUAAAGGGAGCAAAACGCGUAUUAUCUUUUCGGUGGUUAAUGAAUACCGCAUGUGCUGUGUUAAUUAAUAGACUGCAGCCCCGUCCCAUAAUUUGUAUCUUUUUACUAUUCCUUUACUUUUUGUGAAAAUUUCAGGUACAUUUAUAUAUUUUUAUAUACCUGCCUUUCCCUUAAGUGUACUUAUAGUAUUAUCAAUUUGAAGCCAUAUUAAUCGUGUUUACUGAUCUAUAUGUUAAAGUUUACCAAUUAUCAUGUUUUUUCUCAAGGGAUAAGUUUUUCCAUGAGUGGAUGAGUUAUAUUUAAAAAGAAUUAUCAAAAAUUACUUUUUAUACUAAUAAUUAUUAAUCAGAGAGAGGUGAAAUUGUAAUAUUAGUGCCAAAAUAAAAGAAAUCUUUUUCUUCUCCGGGAAAUAUUUUAAAUGUGCCUUUGCUUUUAUAAAUUCUAUUGAGAUGUUUCAUCAGACACACCGUAGCCAAUAGUGGUAUAUAGUAGGGAAUCUAUUCUAGGUAAUCAGGUCCACCUGUAUAUCGCUCCCUCCCUUUGGGAGUUAAUAAUGGAAACUGUCCUCCUGAUUGUCUUUUAUUUGUUUUUU